AACAGCGACCUCGCGUACGAUCGGGGCGCGCGCGCGGCAGCCGAGGAGGAGGAGAUCGCAGAGGAGCAGGGAGGCAUGGGGGGCUAGAAGUGGAAGAUGGAGAUGGCUGGAGGGCGACGCGCUCGGAGGCAUUGAUGGGCUCCUGCUCCUCCUGCUGCUGCUGCUCCUCCCACAUCCUCCUCGCGGCCGCGGCCGAUUCUUCUUCUUCUUCCCCCGCCGCCUUUUAACCCCGCCCCCUUGUUCCCAAGGGGGACGCGAGCCGAGGCGAAACCCUCCCUUACUUGCGGGCUGCGGGCGGGCGGGCGCCAUGGGCAUCGAUCUCAACGCGGUGGGCCAGGACAAGCCCCCGGCCCCGGCGGCGGUGUGCCGCGACCUGUGGAACGCCUGCGCGGGUCCAGUCGUGGCGCUGCCCAGGCGGGGCAGCGCGGUCGUCUACCUGCCGCAGGCGCACCUCGCGGCGGCCGGAUGCGCGGGAGCGGAGGUGCCGGUGGCCCUGCCGCCGCACGUCGCGUGCCGCGUCGUCGACGUCGAGCUAUGCGCGGAUCCGGCCACGGACGAGGUGUACGCGCGGCUGGCUCUGGUGGCGGAGGGCGAGGUCUUUGAGAGGAACAUGGGAGGUGGUAGAACUGAAGGGGAAGAUCACACGGAGGAUGGUGAUGGAGAAAGGAAGUCCGGGAUGCUGCACAUGUUCUGCAAGACACUAACGGCCUCUGACACAAGCACGCACGGGGGAUUCUCCGUUCCUCGCCGUGCUGCUGAGGACUGUUUCCCUCCACUGGACUACCAGCAGAUCAGGCCUUCCCAAGAGCUUGUUGCCAAGGAUUUGCAUGGAGCAAAGUGGAGGUUCCGCCAUAUCUAUAGAGGUCAACCACGUAGGCAUCUUUUAACAACUGGAUGGAGCUCAUUUGUCAAUAAAAAGAAACUAGUCUCAGGUGAUGCGGUUUUAUUUCUCCGAGGUGAUGAUGGCGAACUUAAACUUGGUGUAAGGAGAGCCAUUCAGCUAAAAAAUGAGGCCCUCUUUAAAGCUUUCAGUAGCAACAGCGCAAAGAUACACACACUGUCUUCUGUGGCGAAUUCCUUGAAACAUAGAAGUGUUUUUCACAUCUGUUACAAUCCAAGGACUGCUGCAUCUGAAUUUAUUGUUCCAUAUUGGAAGUUCCUGAAGAGCUUGAACCAUCCAUUUUGUGUUGGAAUGAGGUUUAAGAUUCAGUACGGGAGUGAAGAUGUUAAUGAGAGACGAUCUGGAAUGAUCACAGGGAUCAAUGAAGUUGACCCCAUUAGGUGGACUGGCUCAAAAUGGAGAAGCCUGCUGGUAAGAUGGGAGGAUGGCACUGACUGUAAUAGCCAACAUAGACUAUCUCCAUGGGAGAUCGAGAUAGUCGGUGGUUCAGUCUCUGUUGCUCAAUCUCUGUCAGCAUCCAGUUCUAAACGAACUAAGCUGUGCCCCCAGGGCAAUUUGGACGUCCCAUCUCUGUAUGGAAAUGGUCGUUCGGACUCCGUGGUAGCUGAUAAGCUCCCUAGGGUCUUGCAAGGUCAAGAAUUGAUGGGUUCUCGAACUCAUCGUGUUACAUGCUCUCCUCAGCCAGCUGGGGCCGCAGAAUUUAGACGUUCUGAUGGUACGGGAUUCCUUACCGAUACACAAAGCCGCAGGCUUCCACCUCGAAACUCCUGUUUUACCUACCCAUCUGUAGGCUUCGGUGAAUCCGUUGGGUUCCCGGAGGUCUUGCAAGGUCAAGAAGUUCCUCUGACAGUUCCUAUGUUCCAAGGAAUGGUGUCUGAUGCAUGUUUGGCAAAAGGUGGAUAUGGGUUGCACAAUUAUAUGCGUGACUCGUGUGCCAUGAGUUUGGAGUUAGCAUCUGCAACUCAAGGGUAUGCUCUCUCCCUAUCUACUCCGCCACCAGCAGAAGUGGCUUCGCCCUCGCCCGCACUGGUUCCACAACUUUGGCUGGCAAGCAAGAACAAUGAAGAAGGUGCAAAUGACAGUCACCCUAACCCAUUGGGAAUCAGAAAAGUUCCUGGAGAUGGUGCUAAGCUUGGGUCUGAUGGAAGGAAGGUUGCAAGAACUAGCUGCAUGCUUUUUGGUUUUUCCUUAACCGAGAAGAUGAUGCCAACAGAAGAAGAUCGUGUCAAGGAAGGGAAUCAUGAAACCGACCACCAGAACCCACGGAUGCUGGAUUUGUUUGGAUACAGCCAUGCUACCCCUGGUGCUCUUCACGCUCUGUGUGCCGCUCCCCUAGGAAUGUGAUGCUACUUCAGUAUGAUCCAAGUACUUUGGAGUGCUUCCUAAGAGACUUUAAUAAUCAGUCUUUGCACUUCAAGGGAUCUUGGGUGAAUAUGCAGCUGCAAUUCCUUGCCUCACCCCAGGUAUUGUCAGCAUUUUCAUGUGUCAGUUCUAGUCUCACUGUAUUCGUGGUGCACUUGUCGCCGUUGUAGUCGCAUGCCUGGUAGCUGUAUUGCUUCCGUAGCUGUACCACCUUUUUGGGCGCUACAUGUACCCUGCUUGCGGCUUCAGAGCUACGAGAAUCAAUGGCAAGUGACCGGUGGCAUCAGCGUUAGUGUACUCUAUGUAUGUACCAUGUAUUUCAGACGGUUUCACAUGUAUUGCUUCUGCAUCUGUAUCACGAACCUUGAUUGCUACUAUCUCCUUGGUCGUGACUUUGUGACCGACAAUAUUUAUGCUAUGUUCUGAUGGACCUAUUCA